AGAAUAAGUAAAUCAUGCUCAGAAACAUUUCAAAAGUAUCUACAUAUCAAACUCCUUUUAAGUAAAUCUACUCCUUCUCUUAUUAUGCUAAUUUGGAUCUCAGUUGUCCUUAUCCAUCAUUCCAAUCCAGAGAUCUCACGAUAACUCAUACAAUGCAUUAUAUUACUAAGCCUCCUUGUGAUCCAAAGAUCAUGACAUUUGGAGCCUUUCACACAGAUCAUUUAUUGGAAAUUGAUUGGUCUGAAAAGAUGGGAUGGAGCAGACCUCAAAUAGUCCCAUUCAAAAGUUUUAGUAUUCAUCCAUUUGCUGCUUGUCUUCAUUAUGCUAUUGAAUGUUUUGAAGGAGCAAAAGCUUACAGAGGUGCAAAUAACUCUAUUAGAACAUUUAGAUUAAACUGUAAUAUGUACAGAAUGAAACAAUCUGCCAAGAGAUUGUCUUUACCUGACUUUGAUGGAGCUGAACUUUAAAGAUGCAUUGAAUAAUUGCUUAAAGUAGAUAGAGAUUGGAUUCCAGACAGACCAGGAUUUAGUUGUUAUAUUAGACCCACUUUGAUUGCUACAGAAGAAGCACUAGGAGUUCGUGCUUCAAGUAGAGCUAGAUUAUUUGUUGUCUUGUGUCCUGUUGGCCCCUAUUUUCCAUCAGGACUCAAACCUGUUAGAGUAUUCUGUAAUACGUCAACAAUUCGUUCUGCUCCAGGAGGAGUUGGAGGAUAUAAAGUAGCUGGUAAUUAUGCUCCCACAGUUUUGCCAUUGAAGGAAGUCUAGAAAAUAGGAUUUCAUUAAAAUUUAUGGAUGUUACCUGAUGGAUUAGUUUAAGAAAUGGGAGUGUGCAAUUUGUUUUUCUUCCAAAAAAAUGAAAAAGGCGAAAAGGAAUUAGUUACACCUAUGCUCGAUGGAACUAUAUUACCAGGUAUUAUGAGAGAUUCUAUUCUGGAAAUUACAAGAGGAAUGGGCAAAUUUAAAGUCAUUGAAAAGAAGUUAUAUAUUUAAGAAGUCAUUGAAUCUAUUGAAUCCGGAAGAAUGAUUGAAAUGUUCGGAUCAGGAACUGCUGUUAGUAUCUAACCAAUCGAAGCUAUUGGAUACAAUGAUAAAAUCUAUGAAGUUAAGUACGAUACAAAAUUAAAUGCAGGCGAACUAUCGCAUGAAUUAUUUGAUCUCUUAACCAAUAUAUAAACUGGAGCAGAAGAUCAUAAAUGGAUUAAAUCCAUAUGA